AUGUCAUCAUCAUCCAACCUACAACAACAACAACAACCACAACCACAACAGCAACAGCAACAAACUCACAAACCAAAACAACACCAUCAUCCUCACCACCACCACCAACACAACAACAACAAUAACCAUCACCCUCAUCCACACCCACAACACCUUAACAAGAACAACCCAAGCCAUCUCAACCCAAACGGAACUCAGCCCAUCAAGAAAAACCUAAGGGCCUGGACUAAUAAUAAUAAUAAUAGCCAUGCCUGGAGGAACAGCAGUCCAGCCUCAACUAACUCAUCCAUCCCACCUCACUUCAUCAACGGACAACCACCACCACCAACACAACCACCAACCUCAUCAUCAACCUCAUCAGCCUCAUCCUCAUUCAACCCAAACCAACAACAGCAACAGCAACCACCACCACACUUUCAUCCUGCUGCUGCUGCCAAUGAAGAAAAACUAGUACUCAAAGCCAUGCAUGAUCGCAUGGUCUGGUUUAUCAUGAGUCUAGUCGGCGUCACCGUCACUGCUACAACCAAAUCUGGCCAAAGGUUUCAAGGUUUCCUCUCCUCGGCACUGACCGAUACCGAACUAUGUAUCACUCUCAAACGGGCCGUCGAACUUCCAAUCCCUUCUACCUCCACCUCUAACCCUACUCAGCCUCGAUCACCACCGAUCGUCAAGUCUACCCUAAUCAUCUUCGCCAAGGAACUCGUCCAAGUCGUCGCUGAGGAUAUCGAUCUCAACCAACUCGGCUCGGUCGGUGCUGGUACGACGACCAAGGCUAAUAGCCUCGGUGGAUUCAAGACAGAUGCUGAAACGUUGGCCUACAAAUUAGACUCAAACGGCCAACCGAUCAUCAGAGAGAAAGAACUCAAGACCUGGGUACCCAGCCCAACCGACCUACAAGUCACUACUGGCUCAUCAUCAACCACCAACCAACAAUCCACUGGAACUCUGAGCGAAAAUGAACUGAUGAACGGACUCGAAGACUCCCUGUUCCCCAAAGGCACCGAACUCAACCCAUCCUCUAACAGCCGAAGGACAUUCGAUAAACCAUGGGAUCAAUUCGAGGCUAACGAGAAACUCUUCGGAACUCGCACCGACUUCGAUGAGGAGAUCUAUACCACCAAACUCGAUCGUUCGGGUAAAGAUUUCAAGGAGAGAGAGAGAAAGGCCGAAGCACUUGCUAGAGAAAUCAUGGCUUCCAGUUCAGCUAAUCCCCACGUUCAAGAGGAGAGAGGCGGUCCAGUGGUGGAUGAUAGUGGUAUGGAUGAAGAAGACAAAUAUGGCGCUGUCAUUCGAAGUGAGGGAGCAUACGUACCACCAGGAGCUCGGAAGGGCGCUGCAGCCAAUCGAGGCACUCUUCAACCACCUUCCGGUGCCGCCAACUCAAAGCAAGGCACCUCACUCCAAAAUCCACAGAGUAUGAAGAUCACCGCAUCGAUGCCUGAACCAACCCCACCAUCUGAAGCUAAACCCUCCUCCGCCAUCGCUGCCUCCAAAUCCUCAAAUAUCCCCAAAGAAUCACUCACCUCUAAAAUUUCACAUGUACAGGCUCCCCCUAAGCCGCUCUCAGCACAUGUUGCCGUCAAUCUACCGAGCAAUCCUUCGGCCGGAAAGCCGAUCGGACGUAUGCCCUCCAAACUUGGAAAGCAACCCGAAGAAGUCGCACCGAGAUUCAAGGCAUUUGUAUCGGAUGAGAAGGAGCGACUCCAACAGAAGAAGAAAGAUCUAUUAAAGAAAGAGAAAGAGUCUAGACUAGCCGAUCUACGAGCGUUUAGUACUUCAUUCAAAUUACCAAUGGCCUUCCCCAAGGAUCUCGAGCCGAUCAUCAAGAAGCCCGCUCCAUCCACUACUACUCAAACCCCUCCUGCUCCUGCUCCUGCCAAGCAAGAUCCGACCAAACAACUAGCAGCGCAGGAUGAGGCUGGCCGUCGAGCCUCUGCUACCACCGCCGCCCUGGCAGACAAAAAUCAUGCUCGUCAUAUGAGUAAACCUCUCAACCCUUCAAACCUUCAUAUCGUCACCAACAUUUCCAACCAAGGUGGACGACUGAUGGCCAAUACCAACGCCAAGCCAACAACCAAUCCUUCGAUCGCCAUUGGCCUAAAAAACUGGGUCUCUAGCCCCAAUCCCUCCCUUCAAGCCUCGGAACAAGCGCAAAUAACCCUUCGUCCACGUCCUCGACCGAAAAAAAGAACUAGAGCAAGCCCGUCACCCAGCAGAGUAAGCUGGCCAGUCGGCACUCCGAAUGAUUCCAAAGAUCCCAAGGCAGCUAUCAAAGCAGCUGCUUUCAAUCCUGCUGCCAAGACUUUCAGCCCGGUACCAGGUACCAAGACUAAGGCUCCUGCUAGUCCCAGCACUACCACCACCACGCCCGGAAAAAAAUCAGGUGAAAACGGGUCAACUGUUCCUCCUAAUCCAUUCUUUGGACAUGCGCCCAUCAAGAAAGGCUCCUCGUCGAUCCAUGUCAAGGAAGAGUUUACUCCAUUCAAAAGCAGUAGUGUCCCGGAAGCUUCUUCGGUUGGUCCUGCCUGGAGCUUCACCGGGAAAUCAUAUCGACAAAUCUUUGGGGCCAGUCUUCCACCACCACAUCAUCAUGCCCAUUUCAUGCCACAUUCGAUGCACCAUCCGAUGUCCCAUCAUCAGCAUCACCAGCAACAACAGCAACAGCAACAACAGCAGCAGCAGCAGCAACCCAUGCACCAUCACGUUCAUCAACAACACCCUCAGCCGCACGGCAAUCAUGGCCUCGGACAUCCGCCUCACUCUCAGGUUGGACACAUGAUGACACCGCCGAUGCACAUGCAACAUUCACAGCAGCCACACUACUCGCACCAUCCCCAGCAACCCCCGAACGUUGUACCUCAAAUGAUGCCAGAUGAUGAUGGAAUGUCUGGGCCGAUGAAUGGUGGAGGUGGUGGACACAUGGUCGCCGGUGGCAGUCCACACAUCGUCAACGGGCCGGGGAUGAUGAUGGGUGGAGGCGGAGGCGGGCCACCAGGUUCAGGCGGACCAGGAGGGUACAUGGGCCACAAUGGCCCCGCGAUGAACCAGCAACAACAACCCCAUCCUCACCAUCUCCCGCCCCCGAUCCCACCGUACAUGUACCACCCUCAACACCAUCCGCAACAACAAUCGCCAAUCUCCUAUAAUGGCUCCUAUCGUCAAUCCCACGGUAGUACCGGACCUGCCGCGGCCAACCUCGGCUAUGGGCCUCCCGUUCCCGUUAACAUGCCUGGCCCCGGCCCAGGUUAUCCACCAGGCCCUCCUGUCGUUGCUGUUCCCGGAAACCCCGCCGGUGCACCCUUCGUCCCGCAGAUUCAGGGUUACCCCCCUGGAUCCAUGCAUCCCCCGACUCAUAACUCGGCUGGUGGACCCGGUAAUGGGCCUGCGAAUGGCGGCCCGCCGGUUCAUUAUAAUGGCAGUCCACAAAUGGGCGGUAUGCCUGGGCAUGGCCCUCCAGGCGGAAUGUACCCUCCACCACAAAUGUACCCACCCUCUGGAGACAAUGUGGGGGGAGGAGGGGGACAUGGGCCACAUGGUCAUGGAGGAUCUCACGGACACGGACAUGGCCACCACGGCGGAGGAGGAGGAGGACACCACCACCAUAAUAACAGUCACAGUAGUGGGCACGCGCACCACGGGCAUGGAGGACACCAUUCCAAUGGCCCCUCGCCUACCUCUGGGGGCGGUGGUGGAGGCAACCAUAUGGGUGGAGGAGGAGGAGGAGGAGGCCGAGGAAGGGGUAACUCGGGCGGUGGCGCUGGGGCAUCCGGACAUCCUUCUAAUAAUAACCAACAAGCGCAUCCGCCGCCACCUAAUAGCUCGACCUCCACUUCUACUGCUGCCACCGCAACCCUCGGCGCCACUGGAUCUUCUGCGGCACCUCCUGGCUCGAGUUCUGGACCUGGACCGGGCGCUCCUCAAGGUAAUAAUAGUACCGCUAAUAAUAAUAAUCACCAACAGCAACAACAACAACAGGGUGGUCAGAUGUUUGGUUAUAAUAAUAAUACUCCCAAUGCUUCUAAUCCUGCAAACCCAAAUCCUUCUAAUCCUCCCUCAUGA